CUGAUAGGCUUCCAUGCAUGCCAGGGAGGAUGCAUCCCGCCAGAGAGUGUCACCCGCCUGCUGCAUGCUCUGCUGCGGCAAUGCAUCUCCGUGCAUGACGCUGUGCGCGCCUCCCGCAUUUUCUCUGCUGUGUUGAACCGCACAAGCUGCAGCUGCUUGCCUGCAUGAUGUGGACACAAUGUGCUCCAGAAGCAUGAGGCCUGAAUCGUGCGCGGGAAGCGGUGGGGAAGCUCGCGAGCAGCCCUCUAGCAAGCCGCCAGCUGCCAGCACACACCCGCUCUGACACUCCCUGCUGUUGCUGAGCGCUCCGCUGCUCAAGAGCUCUGCCAAGCCACUAACAUGUAAGGAUGCCUCUGCGGGCUGGAGGGCCGCCGUGCGCGUGCCGACAAGACGCAUGGCAGUAUAGAUGGGUGCCAUGCUGUCAAUGCCGGCCAAAGCAGGCGAAGCUGUAUCUGCCUGGUCUUGCUGAUCUGAGCGCAGCGGUGUCCAUAUGGAGAGGAAGCAGGCCAGCACCCAGAGAGACGUCUGCAAGUCAUCCUGAAUAGCUGAGAGCAGGUGGCCAAUGGCAGCGAUGAGUCCAGGCACAAGACCACUGCCCAGUAGCUCGUGCCCCUUCCUGUGCAGCGUGUCAACAACUGCUCUGCAGCAGCGCUCCCUGCCAACCUCAUCAGCACCUCUACUAGCGCAGCCGAGGAAGGAGACAGCUGCUGCAGCCAGCCUGGGUGGGCAGCCAGGGGCUAGGCACAGCUUCUCAGCAGUGGUGAUUGCAGACGCAAUUAACUCACUGUGAGGGCCGUCAUCUGGCCAUUUGUCCUGUGCGCAGGCGCGCAAGGGAGCCCUGAGCUGCAUGGUACCAAAACGGGCCAAUAACACGAGGCUGCAUGCUUGCACUUCUGAAGCAUGCAGCUGCGGUGCAGGAUGCUUCAACAGUCUCAGCAAAGCCUCCGCAUCCUCAAGCUGUAUUUUACCAAUGGAUUGCCUGCCGGCCACCAGACGCUGAAGGGCAGAAAGCGCCUCCUCAUCAGAAGCAGGCUCCCGGAUCUGGAUCCAGUCUGCAGCUCGAGAUG